GUAGCUAGCCUGCUAACACCAAGCUAACAACCGUUAGCCAUCGCGAGCUGGACUCUUACAGCAGUUAUCGUCUAUUCCUAAAAAAAAAAUCUAAAUCAACAAACCGUCUCUCCCCCCCUUCUAGUCCUUUAUAUGUAAGUGAUACGCCGGUGGUUGAGUUUGUGUAUCGUCCAUUUCGUGGCUUUGACACACCGAUUCUCGACAUGUCGGCGGUCCAACGGAUGAAAGUGGCUAACGAGAAACACAGCAAGACCAUAACGCAGCGAGGACACGUCCAGAAGACCACGCGGGUGGUGAAUGAGGAGAAGUCUCCUGUAGGUCCCUGGCUACUGGCUCUCUUUGUCUUUGUGGUGUGUGGAUCAGCCAUCUUCCAGAUCAUCCAGAGUAUCAGGCAGGGGUUGUGAUGGUUGACACCCAGAUCAGAGCCUCUUCCUCAGGGAGAACACCAAACAGACAUCGGGCCCAGUGUUCUCCCUUUACUCAUCCCCCUCCUCUCUGUGUCCAGUUAAACAUUUUAGGGCUCCCCGAGUGGCGCAGCGGUCUAAAGGCACUGCAUCUCAGCGCUAGAGGCGUCACUACAGACCCUGGUUCGAUCCCGGGCUGUAUCACAACCGGCCGUGAUCGGGAGUCCCAUAGGGGCGGCGCACAAUUGGCCCAGCGUCGUCCGAGUUUGGGGAGGGUUUGGCCAGGGGUAGGCCGUCAUUGUAAAUAAGAAUUUGUUCUUAACUGACUUGCCGAGUUAAAAUAAAAAAUGUUUUUUUUUUUUUUAACAUCAGCUGACACACACAUCAUCCCCCUCCUCUCUCUUGUCAUGUUGAACCUCAACUGAUUCUACCUACUGUGAAUUCGAUCACCCCAUCUCUUGUCAUGUUAAACCUGUGAAUUCGAUCACCCCAUCUCUUGUCAUGUUAAACCUGUGAAUUCGAUCACCCCAUCUCUUGUCAUGUUAAACCUGUGAAUUCGAUCACCCCAUCUCUUGUCAUGUUAAACCUGUGAAUUCGAUCACCCCAUCUCUUGUCAUGUUAAACCUGUGAAUUCGAUCACCCCAUCUCUUGUCAUUCUACAUGCUGUGAAUUCGAUCACCCCAUCUCUUGUCAUGUUAAACCUGUGAAUUCGAUCACCCCAUCUCUUGUCAUGUUAAACCUGUGAAUUCGAUCACCCCAUCUCUUGUCAUUCUACAUGCUGUGAAUUCGAUCACCCCAUCUCUUGUCAUGUUAAACCUGUGAAUUUGAUCACCCCAUCUCUUGUCAUGUUAAACCUGUGAAUUCGAUCACCCCAUCUCUUGUCAUUCUACAUGCUGUGAAUUCGAUCACCCCAUCUCUUGUCAUGUUAAACCUGUGAAUUCGAUCACCCCAUCUCUUGUCAUUCUACAUGCUGUGAAUUCGAUCACCCCAUCUCUUGUCAUUCUACAUGCUGUGAAUUCGAUCACCCCAUCUCUUGUCAUUCUACAUGCUGUGAAUUCGAUCACCCCAUCUCUUGUCA